ACGGUUGUUGCCUUCGUCCUUGCCGCCAGUGCAUACCUGGAGAACUACGCAAAUAAUGUCCAGUUACGUCCAGCUCGAUAGUUAAAUGAUCUUGACUUACCGGGACGUCCAACGCAGUUGUCCUGGGCAGAGGUGUGUGCCACAUAGAGGGCCAGACAAGCCAAAACCAAAAUGAACUUCAUUCUCAAAAGACUUGGGUAAAAUGUUCGACUUGAACUGUUGGAUAGAUAGGGUUUCGGGUCUUAUAUAGGACUUAUUCGCAGCCGAAUAACUACUUUCUUUAGGUAGUUAUAUAGUAAAAAAAAAAAACAUGGCACAUGGCGUGGAGUCUAUAUUUAUUCUACUUAUUUAUGGAUACGAUGUCCAAAAUAAUGCCGUUCCCGAGCUAUAAUUGUCGAUCAUCAAAGCAAACAAAACAAACCAAAACACGUGUUCGUUCAUCGAAGAGAAAGGCGGUGAAACAGCUUUUCAGGAUGAACACAGAACACAGUUGGGUCGUGUGAGAACAAUGUCUGGUUGUUGGAAACUGAGCUUUAUAAAGAGCACAGCAGAUGCAGUAAGCCCUUAUUCCGAAUUCGGAAUAUCCCGACACCAGAGCUACCGCUCCCUCCGGCAAUGCGCACUUCCACGCUGAUCCUCGUGGGCCUUGUGCUGGCGCUGUACUUGGUCCUGGUUCUGGGUGCCCCACAGAGGUGCAAGGGCAAGCCCAGUACCCCAAAAUGCGAUGGGGCAAAGGACUCCGGGAAUAACAGCAAGCGGAAGUGCAAGAAGCAGGCCAACAAAGGCAUGUGGCACUAUAAUGCAGUAACCAAGACUUGCACCUCACUGGACUACAAGGGCUGUGGGGGAAACAUGAAUCGGUGGUGCAGCAAGCAGGCCUGUGAGACAGCAUGCCGACGGUGAACCUUCCUGGGGCCAAAGUCCUAAAUCAAUAAUUUGAUUUUUAAAAUUGUACUUUAUGCUAUUAAAUUAUUCUGAGAACGGAAAUU